AUGGCGGACAUACCAGCUCUUCCCCUUCUUAAGGGAACAGUUCAUCUCGAAGAUGCAUUGGACGAUGAUGACGAUAUGCUAGCCCAAUUGCGGUAUCCGCGACAAAAGGAGGAAUUUUGGGACUACCUAUUGGCCCACAAGGCUGAUAUCGAAAACAUGGUCCGUUAUCAUUUGGGCAUUAAUAGCUGUCAUGUCUGCGUCAGGGAAAUAUGGAAAUCUGGCAGCUUUAAUGUGGUUAUUCCGAUCCUCACCCCCGUGAGUGGCCGCCGAGGGCAUAACAAAGUCUAUAUUCGCUUUCCGCUCCCAUAUAAGAUAGGAGAGGCAAACUCCCCCGGAAACGUGGAAGAGAAGCUCCGGACAGAAAUUGCGACCUACAUAUGGCUUCAUGAACAGUGCCCCGAUGUGCCGAUUCCCACUUUACACGGCUUCGGUCUUCCUGAUGGACAAUGCUUCACGCACCCUCAGAACACAUCGUUCUUUGCAAGGGUAAUUUGGGAGAUAAAACGUCGUGUCUUGUCUUUUCUCGGCCUUCCGACUCCAUGUAAUUAUGUACGACGCAGACUACACAACCCAUUCAAAUCCGGCUAUCUCAUCCUCGGCGAAGCAGAAGGCGAACCUCUUCAUCAGUCAUGGGAGGCUCAUCGACACGAUAAGUUCUAUCGAUCUAGGCUGUUUCACAGCCUCGCACGCAUCUCUCUUUCCUUGAAUAAAUCUCCCCUACCCCGAAUAGGAUCAUUGACCUUUGAUUCACGCGGUACCAUUUCGCUGUCCAAUCGACCCCUUACUCUCUACCUUCAAAUGUUAGAAAAUGAAGGAAUACCAUCAGGAAUUCCACGACAGAGAACCUACGCUUCUGUAGAGCCUUAUAUCUCCGACUUGCUUAGUUUUCAGGAUAACAAGAUCUUGUGUCAACCAAAUGCUGUCCGUGACCGGAAUGACGGUGAAAUGCAAAUGGCAGCUUUGACGGCUCUCCGAGCCACUAUGCAUCGCUUCAUACGUACGCAGUAUCGUGAUGGCCCUUUCUUCCUUACGCUGACGGAUCUUCAUCGAAGCAACAUCUGGGUCGAUGAGCAAUGGAACAUCCAGACUAUCAUAGAUCUCGAGUGGGCGUGUUCGCAACCAGUCGAAAUGCAAUUGCCGCCCUAUUGGCUCACAUCCAAGGCCGUGGAUGGUUUUGACGAGCCAGAGUCUGUCGCUGAGUUGGACACCUUGUUGAAAGAGUAUUUUGAUAUCUACGAGGAGGAAGAAAAGACGCGGAAUGGCACACUCUACCAAGCGCCCAUCAUGCGACAUGCCUGGGACACAGGGAGCUUCUGGUAUUUCCAAGCGGUCAAAAUUCCCAAGGGAAUGUAUAGGGUGUUCAACUCCAACAUCCAGCCCUUAUUUAACAAGGAACACUGGAAAGAACCGGUCUUCGACCAAGUCUUCUGGUGGUACUGGGGAGUCAGGGCCCAGGAGGUCAUGGAGAGGAAGAUCAAGGACAGAGAAGACUAUGUGAUGCAAUUGAAUGAGGCUUUCGGCGCUGAUGCGCAACGUAAUACAGUCCAGAUCACAACAAACGGAGAAGACACAGCUAAACACAAGGCUGUGGAGAUAGCCACGCUCCAAAUAUUGGAUAUGGAUAAAGAGCACGAGGAUAAUGGCCAUGCACAUUAG